UUUGCCUAAAAAGUUGACGGUUACCACGUGUACAUAGCUGAAGAUGCGUAAUACUGACUGUCCAGGAAUCCCGCGCUCUUCUGAGACCCGCGCGAGCGUUCCGUGCGAGUCUCGAGCUCCAUUCAUUCAUCACGUCACUGCCCACGAGCGACGCGCGCUCAGCUUCACACGGAUACGCUCCUGUCAGAGCUGAGGAUUUCUGCUGCUCAGAGGGAUUGAGUGCUGAUUCUUUCCUUUUCCUCUUUUAACACGGAUAGCCUACACUGAGAGACCUUUCCCCCUAAAGGUACUUCUCGUUUUUGUAGAUUUGUAGGUCAUUUUAGAGUAGAAUAGACGCUGGUUUACUGCACAGUAUUUUUUUCCUCUCAGUAAAGUUACUAAAAGUGCGGUUCUGGGAGGUUUAUUCGGUUCAGAAGGGAUGAUGAUGGGGACUUUACGCGACCUCCAGUACGCUCUUCAGGAGAAAAUCGAAGAACUGAGACAGAGAGACGCGCUCAUUGACGAACUGGAGCUCGAACUGGAUCAGAAAGACGAACUCAUUCAGAAACUGCAAAACGAACUGGAUAAGUACCGCUCCGUGAUCCGCCCGGCGACCCAACAGGUCCAGAGCCGUUCGGAGCUGCCUGAGCAUCAGCGCACCAAACGCCAGGCGAUCAGCGCCGAACCAGCCAACGUCCAGCAGCUGAGUCACGUGACCCUGCCCAGCGUCCACAAGAGUGCCAAGUCAAAGGAACUGAUCAAGUCAGCUAUUCUGGACAAUGACUUCAUGAAGAAUCUGGAGAUGUCUCAGAUCCAGGAAAUAGUGGACUGUAUGCAUCCAGUGGACUAUGACAAAAACAGCUGUAUUAUCAAAGAAGGGGAUGUGGGCUCCCUCGUCUAUGUCAUGGAAGAGGGAAAAGUUGAAGUGACUAAAGAAGGAUUGAAGCUGUGCACAAUGGGACCAGUAAAGGUGUUUGGAGAGCUUGCCAUUCUUUAUAACUGCACCAGGACGGCCACUGUAAGAACUGUGACCAGUGUGAAGUUAUGGGCCAUCGACAGACAGUGCUUCCAGACCAUCAUGAUGAGGACGGGACUCAUCAAACAUGCAGAAAAUAUGGAGUUAUUGAAAAGUGUCCUGACGUUCCGGGGUCUUCCAGAGGAAAUACUGAGCAAGCUAGCUGAUGUCCUUGAGGAGACCCACUAUGAAGAUGGUGACUACAUCAUUCGCCAGGGGGCAAGAGGAGACACAUUCUUCAUUAUCAGUAAAGGAAAGGUGACAAUGACUCGAGAGGACUGUCCGGGUCAGGAGCCCGUUUACUUGCGUUCUAUGGGGAAAGGAGACUCCUUUGGGGAAAAAGCCCUACAAGGGGAGGAUAUCAGAACAGCUAACGUCAUCGCAGCAGAGUCUGUCACCUGCCUUGUGAUCGACAGAGACUCGUACAAACAUCUGAUUGGAGGUCUGGAAGAUGUAUCCAACAAAGGCAGUGAAGACGCAGAGGCAAAAGCAAAAUACGAGGCAGAGAACGCAUUCUACUCCAACCUAAACCUGUCUGACUUCAACAUUAUCGAUACUCUUGGCGUUGGAGGAUUUGGACGUGUUGAGCUGGUGCAGCUCAAGAGUGAUGAGAUGAAGACAUUUGCGAUGAAGAUCCUAAAGAAGCGCCACAUUGUGGACACGAGACAGCAGGAGCACAUCCGCUCUGAGAAACUGAUCAUGCAGGAGGCGCAUUCAGAUUUUAUCGUCAGGCUCUAUAGGACGUUUAAGGACAGUAAAUACCUCUAUAUGCUGAUGGAGGCCUGUUUAGGUGGAGAACUGUGGACUAUUCUCAGAGACAGGGGCAACUUCGACGAUUCAACUACACGCUUUUACACAGCAUGUGUGGUGGAGGCAUUCGCUUACCUGCAUUCCAAAGGCAUCAUAUACAGAGACCUUAAACCAGAGAACCUGAUACUAGACCACAGGGGCUACGCCAAACUGGUGGAUUUUGGCUUUGCUAAGAAGAUCGGCUUUGGAAAGAAAACGUGGACAUUCUGUGGUACACCAGAGUAUGUGGCUCCAGAGAUCAUCCUGAAUAAAGGUCAUGACAUCUCUGCAGAUUACUGGUCCCUCGGCAUCCUCAUGUACGAGCUGCUGACUGGCAGUCCUCCUUUUUCAGGACCAGAUCCAAUGAAAACAUACAACAUCAUUCUUAGAGGCAUCGACAUGAUAGAAUUCCCCAAAAAAAUUACUAAAAAUGCUGCCAAUCUCAUCAAAAAGCUAUGCAGAGACACACCGUCUGAAAGACUAGGAAACUUGAAAAAUGGUGUCAAAGACAUCCAGAAGCACAAAUGGUUUGAAGGGUUUAACUGGGACGGAUUGAGGAAGGGGACACUGAUGCCCCCCAUCAUCCCUAAUGUAACAUCAUCUACGGACACUAGUAACUUUGACAGCUUUCCAGAGGACAACGAAGACCCGCCACCUGAUGAUAACUCAGGCUGGGACACAGACUUCUAAACAGGCCUAAACACCCACACACACACACACAACACUGCUCACAUGGGAUGUCUGCCUGGGAUAGAGAUGCUGCACUGCAGAUUGGACUGGAGGAGAAAUGUGGAAAGAAGCAGAAAGAGACAUGAAAAGACGAAACCUGAAUCUCUUGUGUGAGCAUGUGUCUGUGUGCGUGUUCACCUCUGACCCAUGAUAAUCACCUUUACUGUGAGAUGACUGAGGAGACAGUCCACUUAGGGAAGAGCUUGUGACCUCAGUGAUUUGUUCUUCUCCCUGAUUGGCUGUGAACUCUUCAUUCACCAAUCCGUGUGCAGACUACUCUGAAGAAGACCGCACUGUAUGUUGCAGGAGUCCAGACAGACCUGAAUGUUGCUCUUUAAGUAAUACUCGUUUGUUAUAGCACAUGUACAUAAUAGCAUAGCAUCACUACCCUGAAAAACUGACGCAUUGCCGGCAUUCCUGACAUGUAAAGGAUUAUCUGUCACAUGCAUCAUAAAACAUCAAUCGGAAGACUCAGUUUCACCUUCUUCAAGCACACACAGACAUCAUAGACGCAUCUUCUCGCCUCUCUUCACUGUUAAUUUAUUGUCCUGGCAGACGGCCAUUAUAGUUUAUGAUAUUCUGAACCCAGUGCUGGUUUUCUCAAACUUCAUCCCAUGAAAUGAUGUGCCUCAAAUUCAUAGCUACAUUAAUAGUGUACUGUAUUUAUUGUCUCAGAUUUAUAAGAAUUAGGAGAUAAGUACUGACCACUGUGAACAGCCGGAUUUUAAACAGGAACAGGUAUGGAUGUGGGAUUGGUUUUUCCUUCUAUGGCCAUUUCUUAAAACCAACUUAUUCAAAUGCAAGUACAACAUAAUCCUGAUUUCUUGAGAAAUUCAGCCAUAUCAGAUCAACAAUAUUAGUGCCUUAAAUCAACGGCAUUCUGCGACGCUCCUCAAGCUGCAUGUCUCCUCAGCCUGCUGCUGUCCAUCAGAUGCUCUGUCUGUCUAGGGUUUUUUUUUUUUUUUUUUUUUACACAAUAAAGCAAC